GAUGGUGAGAAGAUGUCAGGGCUGUGAUGUCAACACUGGGGACAAAGCCAGGAGGCCCGGAGGUCAGAGCCUCUAAGCCGGAGAGGGCCCAGGCUACGACCAGGUUCUUCUCUUAGCCUGGAUGGCGGUGUUCUUACCGAGGUUCACACAGUUGAUGCAGUAGUUCCGUAUUAGCACUGAAGACCACGCACGUGGCAGAGAACAUGGGAGAAAACAUUUAAGGGGCUCGCAUAAAGCAAGGAUGGAGAGGCCCCUGGAGCGAGGCAACAUGACCGGGGUCCAGCAGUUUGUCUUGCUGGGCUUGUCCACGAGGCCAGAAGUAAGGGACGUCCUGUUUGCCAUCUUCCUGACCCUCUACCUGCUGACCCUCCUGGAGAACUCGCUCACCGUCCUCCUCGUCUGCAGGCACAGUGAGCUCCACAAGCCCAUGUACUUCUUCCUGGGCAACCUGAGCUGCCUGGAGAUGUGCUACGUGUCGGUGACCAUGCCCAGCCUGCUCGCGGGGCUGCGGACUGGACCCUGCCGCGUGCCCUUCACAGCCUGCAUGACCCAGCUCUUCCUCUUCAUCUCCCUCAUCUGCACGGAGUGCUCCCUCCUGGCGUCCAUGGCCUACGACCGCUACGUGGCUGUCUGCCGCCCACUCCACUACCCGCUGCUCAUGAGGCCCCAGGUCUGCCUGGGCUUGGCUGUGGCUUCAUGGCUUGGUGGGCUGCUGGUCUCAGUGGUCAAAACAGCAUGCAUCGCCAGCCUGUCCUACUGUGGCCCCAACGUCCUCAACCACUUCUUCUGUGACGUCUCCCCUCUGCUCAGCCUGUCCUGCACCCACGUGGCCCUGACGGAGCUGGUGGACUUCAUCUCUGCGAUCGUCACCUUCUGCGGGACCCUGCUGGUGGCUCUGGCCUUGUAUGCGGCCAUCGGGAGGGCUGUGCUCCGCACGCCUUCCCUGGCUGCCCGCUGCAAAGCUCUGUCCACCUGCGCCUCCCUGGUUGUGGUCGGCAUCUUUUACUCAGCGGUCCUCUCCAUGUAUUCCCGCCCCAGCCUUGCUGAAUCCACUGACCUCAACAAGCUGCUGUCCGUCAUCUACAUGGUGGCCACACCCGUGUGCAGCCCCAUCGUCUACGGCCUGCGGAACAGGCAGGUCCACGCGGCGCUGCGGAGAACCCUCCACCUGCGCAGAGUCUCUCCAGCGAGGACUGCCCUUUUCUGCUCCUGAUUUUAAAACUUUUACGGCCAAGACACACACACAA